CCAAUCUGCAAGCAAAGAUCAUGGCACAGUCUGUGGGGAGAUCAUUCAAGGCCAUUAUUAGAGGCUUCAGAGACACUCCCGAGCUGGCGACGGAUAGAAAAGAGAAUGUGUUGGCAUGGUCAUGCAGGUGGAGGGCUUCACACGGAUCCAAAGGAAGGGCUGAAAGAGAUAGAUGCCAAAAAGAUUAUCAGAGCAAUGUUGGCUUAUGUGUGGCCCAAAGACAGACCAGACCUGCGAGCCAGAGUAGCCAUAUCUCUGGGUUUUUUAGCAAGUGCAAAGGCCAUGAAUAUAUUGGUUCCCUUCAUGUUUAAAUAUGCAGUAGACAGCCUCAACCAGGUGUCUGGAAACGUACUCAACCUCAGCGACACACCAAAUACAGUGGCAACUGUGGCAACUGCUGUUCUCAUUGGCUAUGGCAUCUCAAGAGCUGGGGCAGCGUUAUUUAAUGAAGCUAGAAAUGCAGUAUUUGGGAAAGUAGCUCAAAAUUCAAUCAGAAGGAUAGCAAAGAAUGUUUUUCUGCACCUUCAUAACCUGGAUUUGGCAUUCCACUUAAGUAGGCAAACCGGAGCUCUGUCAAAAACCAUCGACAGAGGAACAAGAGGCAUCAGUUUUGUUCUUAGCGCUUUAGUAUUUAAUCUGGGACCUACGAUGUUCGAAGUGGCACUAGUCAGUGGAAUUCUGUAUUACAAAUGUGGUGCAGAGUUUGCUUUAGUAACCCUGGGGACGCUAGGAGCCUAUGCAGCAUUCACAAUAGGAAUUACACAGUGGAGGACUAAGUUUCGAAUAGAAAUGAACAAAGCAGAUAAUGAUGCGGGUAAUGCUGCAAUUGAUUCGCUACUAAAUUAUGAGACUGUGAAGUAUUUCAAUAAUGAAAAAUAUGAAGCCCAACGGUAUGAUGAAUUCUUGAAGAUAUAUGAAAAUGCCUCCCUGAAGACUACCUCUACUUUAGCUCUCCUGAACUUUGGCCAGAGUGCUAUAUUUAGCAUUGGCUUAACGGCCAUCAUGGUGCUUGCCAGCCAGGGCAUUGUUGCAGGCAGCCUUUCUGUUGGAGAUCUAGUAAUGGUGAAUGGAUUGCUGUUCCAGCUUUCUCUUCCCCUAAACUUCCUGGGAACAGUAUACAGAGAGACAAGACAAGCACUUAUAGAUAUGAAUACCUUGUUUACACUUCUCAGUGUAGAUACCAAAAUUAAAGACAAAGAGCUGGCUCCACCCCUGCAGAUCACACCACAGACUGCUGCCAUCACCUUUGAUAAUGUGCAUUUUGAAUACCUUGAGGGGCAGAAAGUCCUUGCUGGAGUGUCUUUUGAAGUUCCUGCGGGAAAGAAAGUGGCCAUUGUAGGAGGUAGUGGGUCAGGGAAAAGCACAAUUGUGAGACUAUUAUUUCGUUUCUAUGAGCCUCAGAAAGGAAAUAUUUAUAUUGCUGGACAGAACAUACAAGAUGUCAGUUUGGAAAGUCUGAGAAAGGCAAUAGGAGUUGUACCUCAGGAUGCUGUUCUCUUCCAUAAUACUAUCUAUUACAAUCUGCUCUAUGGCAAUAUCAGUGCAACACCAGAAGAGGUGUACGCAGUAGCAAAGUUGGCAGGAAUCCACGAUGCUAUUCUUCGAAUGCCAAAUGGUUACAACACUCAGGUUGGUGAACGAGGACUCAAGCUCUCAGGAGGAGAAAAGCAAAGAGUUGCAAUUGCUAGAGCAAUGUUAAAGGAGCCGCAUAUUUUUCUCUAUGAUGAAGCCACAUCAUCUUUAGAUUCAAUUACAGAAGAGAAUAUUCUCAGUGCCAUGAGGGACAUGGUGAAACACCGAACGUCGGUUUUCAUUGCUCACAGGCUGUCAACAGUAGUUGAUGCAGAUGAAAUCAUAGUGCUGGAUCAGGGUAAAGUUGUGGAACGUGGUAGACAUGCAGACCUCCUUGCAAAUCCUAACAAUCUCUAUUAUGAGAUGUGGCAUACCCAGAGCAGCAAAGUACUAAAUAAUCAUAACGAUCCAAACUGGGAAGAGAGAAAUAACCAGACGUCCAAAGAGGAGGAAAGGAAGAAACUAGAAGAAGAAAUUAUCAAUAGCGUGAAAGGCUGUGGAAACUGUUCAUGCUAAGUAUGAUCCUGGAUUAAUCUUCUAUAAGAGGUUAAAAAUGCACAAGAUUACAAUGAAGUGCAGCUCUUGUUUCUAAGUCAGCAUUCAAAAACUUCCUGGGUUUUGCAGUUUUGGGGUUUUACAGUUUCUCAGAGGGACGUAAUUUCAACCAAAGGAGUUCUAUUUUUACAUCUUUAGAAAUCUCUAAUAUUCAAUGGCAUCUGCAAGAGCUGAGCUUUUUCAAAAACUUCAAACUUUUCAACUAAGAGCGUAAUUUAUGGCAAUUUUUAGGCAUUGGUAAAUUCUCCUGGCAGUCACUUGAGGUGGAUUAUUAAAUUGUAAACAGAUUUGU